AUGAGACACAAUCUGGUGUGUCAGACACCUCCCACUGUCACUGUUCAUGUAAAAUCGAGUGCAUCCAGAUCACAUCAGAAAAAAAAACUUAUUAGACUAAAGCGGCCUACUUUUAAAGACCAUGAAGAAAAUAAUUGUGAAAAAAAGGUUCUUAGUCAUAAAUAUAAAUGUCCAAAGGGACCACGUCUAGUUAUUCAGCGUCAGGAAAUGACAGCUUUCUUUAAAUUAUUUGAUGAUGAUCUAAUCCAAGACUUCCUUUGGAUGGACUGUUGCUGUAAAAUUGCAGACAAGUAUCUCUUGGCAAUGACUUUCGUUUAUUUCAAGAGGGCUAACUUCACAAUAAAUGAGCAUACCAGAAUCAAUUUCUUUGUCGCUCUGUAUCUGGCAAAUACAGUUGAAGAAGACGAUGAAGAAUCAAAGUAUGACAUUUUCCCAUGGGCUUUGGGAAAGGCCUGGAGAAAACUCUUCCCUGAUUUCUUGAAGUUAAGAGACCAACUAUGGAGUAGAAUUGACUACAGGGCUGUUGUAAGCAGGCGCUGCUGUGAAGAGGUGAUGGCUAUUGCUCCAACACAUUACGUAUGGCAGCGAGAACGUUCUAUGCACCACAGCGGAGCUGUGAGAAACUACGAUGAUGAAGUACAGCUGCCCCGAGGACCUAGCGCUACUCCUGCAGACUGCUUGCUUUGUGGUAAGAAAGGAAGAUUUGUACGACUAGGAUUAUCAUCAUCUUCCUCCUCAUCUACUGGAACUAUGGAGAUGAUGGAGUUACGUUCAUCCCAGAAUUCAAAGAACACCUUUCCGGCUGCAAAAAUGCUCGUUGACUCUCCUUUUUAUUAUGGCCAAGACUGUCAGAGCCUGUCCAGCAAAAGGAGACGAGGUAGCACCUUGAACCAAGACAAAUCCAUGGAUUGGUUUACAAGCAAUGAAGAAUGAAACACACCCGAUGAGACAGAAACAGAUACCUUGCUUUGUGGAACAAUCGCUGUUCCAUAGCAAUACCACACCUGAUGAUUCUGUUAAAACCCUUCCCUUUAAAUAGUAGGUG